UUAACUGGGUACGACACGGAACCGAGCGACGAAGAAAAUGACAACAUUUUCCGUACAAAUAAGUGGAAACCUGCUAUGCCAGAACCUAAGGUAAAUGAAAUUGAAAGUGAAGGUGGAAUUGAAGACAUGGAUUUAGAUAGCAAUGAAGAAGAUUCCACGUCUGAAGCAGCUUUUCACAAAUGGUUAGCCAGCUUUGAUGGAAGUACUCCUAAUCCGACAGUACCUGUACAAUUUGUAAAUGACAAACAUGUGCCUGAAAUUGCAGAGAACAAAAUUGAGUUUGUUCCUAAAUUACCACUUGUCAAACAGUCGGAAAAACCCCCUGUAUUAGAUAUGUUCAGUUCAUCUUCUUCUGCAGAGGUCAGGUCAACUCUGCCAACAUUGGACAGGACGUCACCACCACUACUUACAGUAGAACAGCCUGCACCUCCAUUACAGAAAGAAAAACAGACAUUGUCACAAAUGGACAUAUCAACACCUGUGUUACAAAGCUCAAAACCAUCAAGAAGGUUUUCAGAGAAUCCCACUUCGUCAGAUUCAGCUGUGAAACGAUCCACAUCACGUUCACCUGAGUGUCAAACAGUUGCAGGUUUAUCAGACACGAUGGUGAAACAGUCCCCAUCUAAUCCAUUCAAGUUUCGGGCAGUUACAUCAGAUUAUGGGUCACUGCGAUCCCCUUCCUGCUCACCAGAGCAUACUCCUGAGAAUGGAACACUUACUAAAUCAUUGUCCUCCUUUUCAAAUAAAAGGGAUGAAUCUUUAGUAAAUAGAAAAAGGUCCAGAUCAAGUUCAUUGGAGAGGGAGAGAAGAACAAGUUCAUCAUCUCCAGAUGUCAAACUGUCACAUUCAAGAGAAAAAAACACGCCAUCUAAAGAUCAAGAAAGAAGAUUUUCUGAAGAAAAAAGAGGUAAUAGAAGUAGGAGCAGAAGCAAAGAGCCUCAUCCAAGACAUGAACGGCCAAUCGAAGACUUACAAGUUGGCCAUGCAAGUCAUGCCUUAGACCAUCACCUGCAAAACAGAAUGUCCAGUUCUCCACAAAAGGAUGUGGACAAUCGUGGCACGAGGAAUGCAUCGCCAGUAGAAGAUCAGCACCCUCAAAGGUUGUCAACGGAGAUGGACAGAUCCUGUUCACAGGAUAUUUCAUCAAAACAGAAAACAGUAGACAGAUCACCAUCUCAUGAAAAACAUCACAGCAAGUCACCACCUUUUAGGAAAAAAUGUAGCAGAUCCAAAUCCAGAAGUCCGUCAAAAUACAGAGCAAGGGAGAGAUCGGAUGAGAGAAGGCGUAGUAGAUCAUGUUCACGUGAGAGAAGACUAUCUCAGUCUAAGGGUAGAAGAUAUAGGCCACGUUCAAAGUCAAAGGAAAGACCCAUAUCUCCAUACAAAAGUAGAAGUCAUUCACGCUCAAGAUCCAAAGAAAAAAAUAGAAUUAAUUCUCCAUUCAAAGAUAGAAGUCGCUCACAAUCAAGAUCCAAAGAUGUUGGGCAAAAUAAAUAUCCAUACAAAAGUAGAAGUCGUUCAUGUUCAAGAUCCAAAGAAUUAAAGUGUGAAUCUCCAAACAAAGUUAGAAGUCGCUCGCGUUCAAAGUCAAACCCUAGAAAAAGUACAUCUCCUAUAAAAUCCAGAAGAAGUCGAUCACAUUCAAGAUCAAAGCAAGAUCGGUCAAGAUCAAGAUCUAAAGGCGAGAGAAGAAGUUUGUCACCAAUAAAAUUCAAACGGAGAAGAAGUUUGUCAAGAGAUAGGAGGCGCAGUAGGUCUCGUUCCAGAGGAAAAAGGCACAGUAGGAGAAGCAGGUCUCGUUCAAGGGGAAAGAGAAGAAGCAGGUCUCGUUCUAGGACAAAGCGAAGAAGCAGAUCUCGUUCUAGGACAAAGCGAAGAAGCAGAUCUCGUUCUAGGACAAAGCGAAGAAGCCGAUCUCGUUCUAGGACAAAUCGAAGAAGCAGAUCUCGUUCUAGAGGAAAAAGAAGAAGCCGGUCUCGCUCUAGAGGAAGGAGAAGUAGGUCUCGUUCUAGAGGAAGGAGGAGAAUAUCAGGAUCCCGUGAUAGGGCCAGGAGAAGGAGAUCUAGGUCAAGAAGUCCAAGACGAAGAAGAUCACCUUCGCCAAGAUAUCGUAGAAGACGUCGCUCCAAAGAUAGAUCUCGACGGAGUAGCAGCUUUGGCUUUGAAGAUGAUCCUGCAAUGGCUGCCCAGGAAGCUUUAGCACGGCGGUUGGAAAAAGCUAAAGAGAAAGAGAGGGAAAGAAUCGAGAGGGAAAAACUUAAUCCACCAUCAGAUGAUUUGAAAUCAUUAAAUGCAGCUGUUCUGUUAGCAGACUCCAUGGGACAAGUCACACCACAGGAAGCUGUUGCAGCAGCAGCUGCUGCUAUGCAAGCCAGGGUUUAUGCAGAGACUGGUAUUGCUGUUCCCAAGUAUUACAACCCAACUGCAGUGAAUCCUUUACAGUUUGCUGAACAACAGAAGAAGAGAAAACUUCUCUGGGGAUCUUCUAAAGAUAAAAAAGAACAAGAACAGCAAGCUGCCCAAGCUCAAGCUCAAGCACAAGCUCAAGCACAGGCUCAGGCGCAAGCACAGGCGUCGGCCAACAAAUGGGAAAAUACCAUGUUUAGUGACAAUGAUCAGCAAGAAAAAUUCAGACGUUUGAUGGGUAUGAAAGGGGACAAAACAGAGCAGGCAGCGGCUGCUGAUGGAGGCAAAUCUGAAGAACUUGAGAAACAGCAGCAUGAAAGAGCUAAACUUUAUCAGACACUGGAUGAACAGUAUGAAAUUGCUAGAGUGAAGACACAUACACAGAGGAGUUUUGGUUUAGGCUUUGGUGCAUCCAGUAGUGGAGAUAAUAUUUAACAACCAAUAUUUGUCAAUUUCACUACUUUUCAUUCAGUACUUUUUUUAUAGAAAAAUUAAUCAUGACAUUUUAUUCACCACAUCAGGUUUGUUUGAGGUUUAAUUAUAUCCUUUUGUAGUCUUCACGUUAUACCCCAGCUAGUACUGUGUUACUAUACUAGUAUAGUGUUUUGAGAUACCUGUGCUUAAGUUGAUAGCAAAAGUGAACAGCAAUAACUGUUCUAUUCCUGUUUUUAUAGCCAAGUUUAUGAUCAGAUCAAGAAUCAUUU